AUGUCGACUGUGGGCGACGUUGUUCCUCGGGAUGGCAAAUCUAAACCAUUUGAUAUCGUGGAAACUUACCAGCGCCUGCUGGCCGAAGACCCCGAACUCACCAUGCCGGUUGCAGCUAUUGAAGCUCUGAUCGAGCUCCUGGUACACUCUCGCGCAGUGACCGUAUUCGAAACCCUAGAUCUGGUCAAAACACAAUCCGAAUAUCUCAAGUCGCGCGUCACCAAUUCGAUUUCACUCUCAGCUGGGACAGAUCUGUUCCAAAGAUACAUGAUAUCGUCCUUGAAGCCGACUAGUACAGGCAACUUCGAGACCGUCAGACAACAUCUGUUGAGCAACGGCAGAUUAUUUGUCAGCAGGGCGAAAGCCGCCAGGGAGAGGAUAGCGAACUAUGGAAGGCAUUUUGUGAGGGAUGCAAGCGUCGUUCUUACGCAUGGCGGAUCAAGAGUUGUGGGCGCGCUGUUAAGCAAAGCGGCUGAGGCGAGCGCCAGUGGAGGGAACGUCAGAUUCAGAGUUAUUUACGUUUUAAACGGUGACCGGGUCUCGGAGAGCAAAAGAGCUGUAUCAGACUUGCGGGCCAGAGGCGUGCCUGUCGCCACGAUUCCGGAAGGCGCCGUGGGGUAUGCAAUGGGCAAGGUCGAUCUAGUGAUCGUGGGCGCAGAGGGAGUCGUUGAGAACGGCGGGAUCAUCUCCAGACUAGGCACCUAUCAGCUCGCGCUUCUGGCAAAGGCAGCUGGCAAGCCUUUCUAUGUUGCAGCCGAGAGUCAUAAAUUUGUAAGGCUUUAUCCUCUAGGACAGUAUGACCUUGGCAUUGACCAAGAGGUUAUCGAAUUUCGGACGGAGGAUGAGCCGGGCUCGACAGAGCCCGUGGACUUUACGGAUAUUACACCGAAGAGCGCGGAAGCACCGGAAUAUUUCAGCAGUUCGCCGACAAAGCCGAAUACCGCGGUGGAUGCCGUGGAUUACACACCGCCAGCGCUUGUAUCAGCGUUGAUCACCGAGUCAGGUGUAUUGACGCCCAGUGCGGUCAGCGAGGAACUCAUCAGCAUGUGGUACUGA